AUGGGCGAUCUUGAAGACUAUCCAUUUGUAUUUGACCUGGUGGCCCAAAUGAAGGGUAAAAACCGUACCGCUGGUUGGGAUGUCAUGGUCAGCUACGAAAUCGACGCGGUCAACUCAUUCUUAACAAGAGCGUGGGCCAAUCGACAUAACAGUACUCAACCGUUGGAAUCAUUCGAUGUGAAGCGCUACGAGAAACAUCACCACCAGAAGUGCUUGCACAGUAUUACAACAUGGAAUGUCUCGUUGAAACCUCCGAAAGUUCAGUUCGAAUCUGACUAUGCAGUCCUCGAAAUGGAUGUCACAGGGGAUGUGAGCGUCCAAUACUAUAAGGGCGGCCCGGGACAGGAAGCUAAAGAUGGUGAUCCGGAGGCUGAACCCUUAUCAGACGGCUGGGUCUUGACUGUUAAGACCACUAUAUCUUCAGUAACCGCAUCUGAAGGCGGCCAGAUCUAUGACCACCAGCCCAAAGGAAGCGUCUUGGACUUUUCAUCGGAUCCCAGCCACAAAGGCCAUAUCGUUUUCGAUUGUGCACUAUCUGACGACUAUACUGUCACGUUCAACUGGACAAAAUCGAAUGACCCAAAGGAAACUCCUCCCGACGACAAUCUGAAACAGGCCAAACGAUGGAUUGAGAAGCACAUCGACGCCAUAGACUUUUCAUUAGCCUCUAUCAUCCGACGUGAGGGGUCUUCAGAAACAUAUUUAACGCCGGAGCAAAUGGUGUUUCAGCUAUACCAUCCACCAGACUCACAUCGUUCGUCUCUUUCAGUUGGUUGCUUGAGUAUAUACAUCAAAACUAAACAGACUGGCGCAGAUCAUGGCCCCGGGGAUCGCGUUCCUAGCUUCUCGGGUACAGAGGGAAAUAUAUACCCUAUUGCUGGAGGGUACACUGGCAGUAUCAUCAUCUCGAACUGGUAUUAUCUGUGGUUUGAGACUUACAUCGAUGUUGAUAUUAUGCAUCGCAUAGAAUGUAUAGCACAGAAUGUGUUUCCUCUGGACGGUGAAUGGCUUCCUGAUAACCCGGAGAGAAAUACCUCUACUCGUGAUGAUAUCUUGAUUGUUGGACAACUACAUGGAUAUAGGGGAUAA